CACAGGCACAUGUGACCGGGGCUCAGGGAGGCACGGAAGAGGAGCAAGGAGGCUGCUGGCUGCCCGCAUUCCUAGCUGCAGCUUCAUUCCGAGCACGAAGUGCCUUGUUUUCAGGCAGGGCAGCAGCCAUGGUCUCGGUCAGCCUGUUAGAGCUGCUGGAUGACGCCAUCGGGACGCCCGAGGUCAAUGUCAAUUUAGAGGCGCUCCGCAGACUGCUGCGAAUCAUGUUGGAACACCUGAGCCUUCUGGGCCUGCAGGACGCGGUCCCGCAGGAGGAGGAAGGCGGGACCGGCACCGAGGCUGCGGCACGGGUCUCGGAGCAGUCGCCCGGGAAGGACGAGCUGCAGGAGACCAGGAGCAGCCCUCCUGCGGCUGCCGACAUGGGAGAGGUGGAGAAUACUGAAGCCAAAGCCACAGCUCUCUCCCAGGAGAUGGCUGAGACUAAGGCCACGCAGUCCAGCAUGGGACAGGAAAUCCAGAGGAUCAAGGAGGCACUUGGCCAGACCACGAAUCUCUGCAAGGAUCUUCGUAAAGAGAUCAGUGAAAUGAAGGCCACACAGUACCGCAUGGGAGAAGAUAUCCGGAUGAUCCAGGAAGCACUUGCCCAGAGGAACGUCCAGGAUGCUGCAAGCCAGCCAUUGGUCCUCCAUGACCAACCCACCAUUAGGAUGCAGACAGAGACCCCCAGUGCACAAAGUGGCACCACUGAUUCCCAAGCAGACCAUCAAGCUAUGGAGAGCAUCUUCAGAGACCUGUCUGAGCUCCAGGGCCAGAUGUCCUCCCUGCAGAGCCUGGCCAGAGACCUGCAGGGUGAGAAGGAAAAGAUCAGACAGCUGGAGGAUACCCUUGGAAAGCUGGAUAUGACUGUAGCCACGAGCGAAGUCGAUAGCACCAACCAGAUUCCCCUACAGCUGGAGUCUGCACUGCAGGAGAUUAAGGAGGAGCAGAAGGAGCUGAGAGAGGAGCAGAAGAUUACCAAGGCCACACUAAAGCAGCUGGUCACAGCUGACGAGCUUCAGGAGCAGCUGAAUGAGCUGAGGGCAAUGAUGGAGAAUAUGGGGCAGACACAGAGAGAGUUAGAGGAAGUGUGCCCUGACCGCAACUUGGAUAACAAGCUUUUGAGGAAGCUCCUACACCGCUGUGUAAGGCUCCAGGAGCAGGUGGACUCCCUGGUGCCCCAGCAGGUGCUGAAGUCACUGCCAGAGAAGACCCAGGAUGAGGAGUUGCUAAAGAGCAUCCAGGCCACUGUUGUGCGGGUGGAAGGGGACUGUGAGCAGCUCAGCUACAUCACGGGGAGCCUCCGGGAUGACCAUCACCAGCAUCAGAAAGAUAUCGAGGCUCUGUUCCGGUCCCUGGAGGGUCUUGAGAAGAAAGCAGACAAGGAGGACCUGCUGCUGCUGAAAGUGGACAAAGCAGCCCUGGGCAGCAAAGUUAGUUGCGCCCAUUUUGAUGCGAGCAUGGAGCGUCUGGAGGAGAGGAUACAAGACUUGCUGAGACGGGUGUUGGGCCAGGAGCAGCGCUGGCAGGAGGCGCAGCAGCGGUUCAAUGAUGCCCUGGACUUCAAGCUGGAUCGCCUGGAGCUCAGGCCUUUCCAGAAGCAGCUGGAGGAUACCUGGGCAAGGAUCAUCAAGGAUCUCAAGGAUGAGUUGUCAGUAAAGAUUGACGACGCUGCUGGAAUUAAGCAGCAGCUGCUGGUCCCUUACAAGUGCCUGUCCUGCGACCGGCACCUCAACAUGCAGGUGCCUGGCCCGCACAUUGACACACUCCCACUCUUGCCAUCGCUCUCCAGUGGCCACCUCUGUACCAUCACCAUGGAGGAACAAGCACAACAGCACGGUCAAAGGAAGCUGGUCAAUAGCAAGUUCCUCAAGUUGCAGAGCCGCAGGGGACAGGACACAUUCAAUACACCACUCAAGGGUGUCCUACACCUCUCCAAAAAGGUAGGGAUGGUGAAGGGAGAUGUUGAGCAUGUGGAGGCCACCCUGCCUCGUUUCCUCAAGGAGAGAUGGGUGGGGAGGGUUGCCUGGGGAUGCUGAAUUGGGCCCCACGUUGCAGCCAGCCAUUCUCUCUUUCCCAGCCCAGCGUGACUGAGCUGCUGGGCACAGAUGGCCACAUGGAUUGGGGCAAGGACCACAGGCCUGAGGUGUCAAAGAGGGUGCAGGAUAGGCUGGAUAUGGCCUGUCAGGAUACCAGUGGUGGAGGGGAGAGAGCACCAGCUAUUUGCUGGUGUUGGGUGAGCAGGGCUCUCUCUGCAGACCUGGGCUGGUGCAGGGAGGAUCUGGGGUCUGGUGCAGGCUGAGGAGGGGUGGAAGCAAAAAGGAGAGGGGUGACUGGCAGAUGGGACAACUGAUCCUUGGGUGUGUUCAAAAUGGAGUGCACUGUGGAGAUGGCUGUGGCCAGUGUGGGAAAAUAGCUCAUAGGUUGGAGGGCAGAGGCCAGUACUCUGUCCCUGAGUGUCUCUGUCCAUGCAGAUGCCCCUGAGCUUCAGGCUCAGGGCUUCAGGCUUCAGGCUUACCUCUGUCCUUUGCCCCCAGUUCCCACCACCUUACUAAAGCAUCAGCCAGCCAGGAUGCUCAGGGCCCUGCAUGAAGGAAAGACUGGAACAGCUGCCCAAAGGGAUUUCUUUUCAGGUUAAUAAAAAAAUUGUAACCUGCUGUGUUUGAGAUAUUCUAAGUAAGACUGAUUUCCAAACUAACCGCCCGUUUCAGAGCUGCCACCCUAAAGCUGGACAGUUGCCACAGGAAAGGGUAAAGUUUUGGUGGGGACAGGAGCAGGAGAGCUUGGCGUGAGCUCCCAGACUGGGUCAUGGGAAUAUGUGGGGGAUGUCACUCAGCCAGGUAGAAGGGCUGGGGUUGCCCCAACCCAUAGGCUGUGGAGGUGCAAGAGGUGUAGUCCCUGGGUAACUCCCCACCUAUGCUGCUGAUGCCCCUGAACUGAAUUUUGGCAAGACUGCAGCAGCACCAUGCAUCUUGGGGGAACUCAAGGUGAGCCCAAGCAGCAUUGCUCAGUGCAGCACUAUCAUCACCAUCACUGCACCCUGGGAACAAUGCAAACCUGUGGGACCCUGGCAGGGAAUGCUCAAUUUGUUGUGGAAUGUGCAGCAGUGAUGCUAGUGCCACUGCUGUCCUCACCAUCUAUGCCACCUACUGUCCCUGGUGUCCAUUAGGUGACAUAGUGUCCUGUAGGUCCCUGGUGUCCCAUAAUUGACAGUGACCAUGUAGCAGGUACAGUUCCUACACCACUUGUCUUUCCCAAGGUUGAGGCCCUGGAAGUGUCCAGUGACAUCACCCUCACCUGCUGUUCCCCAGCCCCAUGAGGAAGCCCCAGUCUCAUCCUGGGGUACAGCUUCAAGGUGUGACUCUCCAAGGGGAUAGGGACUGCCAGAGGUAGAUGAAGAGUGAUUGAUCUGUGGGGACAGGGAUGUCAGGGGCAUUGGGAAUUCUAGAAGGUUGGGGACUACCGUAGGGCUUUGGAGACAACAGGGACCUCUGGGGUUGGUAUAAGAGUCUGGGAAACACCAGGGUGUCAGGGUGCAUGCAGGGAUGCAGGUUGGGGUGAGUGUUUGGGUGCACAGGAUCCUGACUGUCCCACCAAGCCAUGGUGCUCAGCACCAAGCAGGCUCCAUUGUGGGCACCAUACGGGACACGUCUCUGUCCUCACAGCCCUACAUGCUGAUGACCACACAGCGUGGUGAGCGCUGGGUGAUGGUGGACAGGUGAGGGGUCUUCAGGAACGAAAGGGUGCCCUGCACGGUGUCUUUUUCCAUGUGGUGCUGGUCAGGCAUCCCUGGACUUUGAUCCAGGCAGUCACUACUGCAGGCCCCGUGCACCCCAACACCAUCAGCACAACAUGUUGGGGGGCCAUGGUGAAGAGGGGCAGGACGAGGGGUGCUGGGGAGCUGAAGGUGCUGGAGAAGAUUAGGGACAUCUCACCUUGGCUGCAGGGGGUCAGGAUGUUGAGGGGUGAGGAUAGCUUGGGAUUUGAGGUACCUGAGAGCCCACAGCUGGAUGCCGAGUGCCAGGUGCUAGAGCUGGGUCCAAGACCAUCUGGCAGGUCUAGACCUGCUUUUGGAAGAUAGUGGAUAUUUACUCCAGAACUUUUCUCUGUCUGGCUCCUCCUGUAUCAGAUGCAGCUGGUUUUGAAGCAAUGUAAUCUUCCCCAAUCUCGUUUAAACCCAUUGCCUCCAGAACUCCUCUGAAAACUUCAUUAACAACAUUUACUGAAUUUUCGUCAGCCAAAAUGUUAGUCAUCAAAACCUCUUCCACACUUAACAGUUCUCCUUUCCAUGGAUGAGCCCAGAGGAGCCAGGGACUCUGCAUGGGAUGGCAUCCCCUCCCCAUGUAGUGCUGGCUAUGGGGCACCUCCAGGAGGUGCCGGAACUCAUCCAAUAGCUCUGUCUGUGUGAAGGCUGCUGUAGCAUUUGUAAGCAUGGGAACAUGGAGGCAGGCUCCCUGGCCUUUGCUGAGACCCUGGCAGGAGGGUUGCACUGGAUGUGAGGCUGGCUGAAAACCUGUGGGCAGAGAGCUACUGAGGUGGGGGUCCACAGCAGGAGCUGGAGAGGAGAUGUGAGAGCAGGAUAAGACACGGUCCUGUGCCCCCAUAGGGUCCAUGAGUUACACUCUGGGUGAGGAGUGAGGGAGCAUCUCCUUGUGAUUUGGGAACCAGAGUGCUCCCUCCUGACCUCUUCUCCCAGUACACUGCAUUUACAGCAUUAAUCUUAUCUUUACAGUGGGCUUGGACCUGCUUUAAACUGUCAGUGUCCUCCUGCUUCUUGGCACCAUUAUUUUAAGGCCAGUCACAUCAAUCACUACUGGUCAAACAAAAGUGGCAAGUAUAAAGAAGUUAAUUCUUCCCCUGGGCUGGCUGUUGAGGACAGAGACAUGAGAGUCCUGAACCCUGGCCCUGACCCAGCAAAGGUGUGCAGGAGGAGCAGAGGGUUGUGGAGCUGGAGAUGGGCCCACUUCAACAUGGGCAUGUCACCCACCCCUGACAUGCAACCUUAGGGGCCUUAGAGACCCCUCACCUCCCUGGGUCCCCAACCGGCCUCAGUGGUCUCUCUCCCCCUAAGUCCUCAAUCCCCCAUUCUAGAUGUCUUUGUUCUCACAGAUCAGUUUCUCCCUGAAUAUCCUCACCUCUGGCUGUCCCUAUCCCCUGGAGGGUCCCACCUGAGGCAGCACUGCAGAGGAACUCAAAAGCACCUUGUUUAAGACACCAAUCCCAGGUUAUGAUUGACACAAUAAAUCGCUGAGCUCAACCAGUUUAUUUCAAGACAAAGUUCAGUUCAUAAUUUUUUUUUAAAUUUGGUGUGUGGAGGAUUUGGGUAAACAGCAAAGCACAGCUGUCUCACUGUAGCUUCAGGGGGAAAUUCCUCCAUGAAGGAAGUUCAGGUCUAAAGCAUGAGUCCGAACAGAGUGACUACUUUAU